CAUAAACAGAGCCCAGAAAAUGCAUGGCUUGGAGGAAAUUGGUGGAGGAGAAGUCCCUCUUUCUCGUCCCGACCCUGUCGUUUUAGAGCUCACCAGAUUGCAAAACCAACUCAAAGAGAAGGAUCAGGAGUUGGGAGAGGCCCAAAAUGAAAUCAAAGCACUGAGAGCAACAGAAGUCUUAAAGGACAAGGCUUUAGACGAGAUUGGAAGUGAAUUAAAAAGAUUUGAAGAGAAGCUCAGAGUCGCUGAAAACCUUCUUGAACAGAAGAAUCUUGAAACUACGAAACUCACAUAUGAGAAGAGGGGGGCAUUGAGUGCACAAUAUGCAGCUGAAGCAACUCUUAGGAGGGUGUAUGCGAAUCAAAAGGACGAUGAUUCUAUUCCUAUUGAGUCAGUUAUUGCUCCUCUUGAGGCAGAACUCAAGAAGUAUAAGAACGAGGUUGCAGCACUGCAGGAAAAUAAGAGGGCUUUGGAUCGUCUCACCAAGUCGAAAGAAGCGGCUCUGCUUGAAGCAGAAAGGAUACUGAAAAGUGCUCUAGAAAGGGCACUUGUAGUGGAGGAGGUUCAAAAUCAAAACUUCGAGCUUAGAAGACAAAUUGAAAUCUGCCAGGAGGAGAACAAAAUACUUGAUAAGACAAAUAGGCAAAAAGUUUUAGAGGUUGAAAAGCUCAGCCAAACUAUUCAGGAGCUUGAGGAGGCCAUUCUUGCUGGUGGAGCAGCAGCCAACACUAUUUGUGAUUACAAACGACAGAUUUCGGAGUUAAAUGAGGAAAAGAGGACACUGGAAAGAGAACUAGCAAGAAUAAAGGUUUCAGCAAACCGAGUAGCAACUGUUGUGGCUAACGAGUGGAAAGACGAGAAUGACAAAGUAAUGCCGGUCAAGCAAUGGCUGGAAGAGAGAAGGCUGUUGCAGGCAGAAAUGCAACGGUUAAGAGACAAGCUGGCGAUUUCAGAGAGAACGGCAAAGGCUGAAGCACAACUCAAGGAUAAGUUGAAUUUGAGGCUGAAGACACUGGAAGAAGGCUUAAAGCAUAUGUCAUGUUUCUCAGUCAAUCCUAAUGCAAACGGUGGAUGCCCGAAAACUGAAAAGACCAAGCACUUUUUUGGGAUCCUAGCGAGUAAUACCCGAAUGAGAAAGAGAUCUACAUCACAACCAAGGGGUUCCACUAUCAACAAAAGCUCAUCAAUGCCAGGAGACGAGAAACAAACUUUGACUGCUAAAGGAGAAAUGAAGCCAGGUGAUGGUACAAAAAGGAGAGAUCCUACGGGAGAGACUUUGCUGAAAAAGAGUAUGUGGGCUUCUAGGAAUAAAUUCAUAGACAGCGAAAAGGAGAACGCAGAUAUGAAUAAAAUUACUACUGUGAAUCUUGAGAAGUAUAACAGCAAUGAAAUUGGAGACAUGGUGAACGCAAAAAGUAUAGUUGGCAGCAAUGGAGAGACGAAGAAUGCGGAUAGUGCUAACAGCAAUAGUGAUGAUGUGGUAUCAGGAUUUCUGUAUGAUAAGCUUCAGAAAGAGGUUAUGAAUUUGAGGAAGUAUUGUGAGUUUAAAGAUAGCUCUUUGAAUGCUAAGGAUGAAGAAAUCAAGAUGCUCAUGAAGAAGAUAGAAACCCUGUCAAAAGCAAUACAAAUUGAGUCUAAGAAAACAAAGAGAGAAGCUGCAAUAAGAGAGACUGAUUCAGUAUCAGCUAAGGUGGAUGACAAGACAAGAAAAACAAACUCCUCAAGAAGGUCCUAAGUGCCUCCUGUAGAUGCAUUUUGAGAGAGAGAGAGAGAGAGAGAGAGAGAGAGAGAGAGAAUGAGCUUGGAAAUCAGUAGGUGUAUCAUACCAGUUAUGCACAGAAUAUGAGUGAUUCAAGUUAGAAGAAAUAAUGUUUUCAAUUGAUUUGUAAGUGGGAUUGUCAAGCGUUUUAGAGGAUGAAUUUGGGAGUUAUUUUCAGCUAAGAUUCAAAGGGAUGAUAUUCAAUCCAACUGAAAAGCUCUUGUAAAUAAUUCAAAUAAGUAAUUAUAAUCUAUAUUCCGAAUGGUUGAGCAUA